AUGGGUGAGACAAUGACUACCGCGGCACACCUUGAGUAUCGAGAAGCCAACGCAGAAGUUCAUAUCAAGACCAUCAUCCUCGUCAUAGCUGUCAACGUUGUUUACUUUGCCCAGCUCGUCAAUGUUGUCGGCUCAGGUGCCUAUGCUCGGUCUAUAUCAGCUGUAGUUGGUGGUGAGGCAGACAUUGUGUGGCUCACCUCGGUGAUCAGUAUCCUUACCGUUGUCUUGAGUCCUCCUGUCAGCCAAGCGACCGACUAUUGGGGCCGAAAAUGGUUCCUCGUUGUGCUGACCGCGCUGGGUUGCGUGGGAUCCAUCGUUGUGUCCCGUGCCGACUCGAUGGCUAUGGCGAUUGCUGGCUUUACGGUAACCGGCCUCUCUUACGGCGCUCAGCCCCUUCUUCACGCCGUCACGUCUGAGGUGUUGCCUCGGAAGCAUCGACCGUAUGCUCAAGCAAGUGUCAACGUCUCUGCUUCUCUCGGUGCUAUAUUUGGUCUUCUCGUUGGCGGAGCCCUUACUCGGAACAAUCAUCCGAAUGGCUUUCGAACUUACUGGUAUAUCACUGCUGCUAUCUAUGCUGUCGGCGCAGCUGCAUGUGGCUUGCUCUACAACCCUCCACCACGGGAGCUGCAACUCAGCCUGACACUCCAAGAGAAGUUGCGAAAGCUCGACUGGCUCGGCUAUCUGCUCCUUAUGUCAGGGCUGGUUCUGUUCUGUCUGGGCCUCUCAUGGUCUCAAAAUCCAUAUCCCUGGACUAGCGCUCGAGUACUUGCUACUUUCCUCGUCGGUGUGGUCUUGACCGUCGCACUGGUCAUCCACCAGUGGCGUUUCAAGAGUGAUGGAAUGUUCCAUCACGCACUCUUUAGAGGUCGUAACUUCGUGCUCGGUGUCUUUUGCAUCUUCUGCGAGGGCAUAACCUUCUUCGCUGCCAACAACUACUUUGCAUUCGAAGUCAGUGUCUUCUAUGCCACAGAUCCGCUGACCAUCGGUCUGCAUUAUACCAUUGCCUUCUACACUUUUGGGCUUUUCGCGGUUGUUGCCGGACUUUACUGCUGGAAGACCAAAACCGUGCGGCUACCCAUCAUCGUCGCCUUCCUGUCAUUCGUCAUAUUCGAUAUUCUCAUGGCGACUUCGGACGCUCAUACCCCUGAAGCCAACAUCUGGGCCUAUCCUAUCUUCUUAGGCCUGGGCCUGGGCUUCUGCUUGACAGCUUUGAUCACGGCCGCGCAGUUUUCAGCUCCGGUCGAGCUUAUUGCUGUGGCAUCAGGUCUUUUGAUCGGCGUCCGCAGCCUUGGGGGUUCCAUAGGACUCGCUAUUUACAACGCCAUCUUCAAUAACGUGCUCAGCAACAAUCUCGGCCCCAAAAUUGCCGCCGCAGCAUUGCCACUAGGGCUGCCAGCAGAAUCUUUAGGUCCCCUCAUCGGAGCUCUUACAGCACACGAUAAUGCGGCUCUCGCUCAGAUUCCAGGCGUCAACGAGGACAUCAUUGGUGCUGCUGCGGGCGCUCUUCUUGAUGCUUUCGGUCUUGCGUUCCGCUACGUGUGGGUAGCUGCUGGAUGCUUCGCACUACUGGCCUUGAUAGCAUCGCUCUUCAUUACAAAUCCCACUGGAGAUUUCAAUGCGCAUAUCGACGCGCCGGUAGAAAUUGAUACUAUUGCGGAAAUUGGAGGAGAGCAGGGCAGCUCCGAUAAAGAGAUCCAGAGAUCAGUGACAUAG